AUGUCCCAAAUCAAUUUAUUAGAAUUCCAAGAUUAUUUACUUUAUAGUGAAUCAUUAAACAUUUUAAUUGAAAGCGAGUUCAUCUCCAUGUCUUCCGACACAACUGCUUUUCAGCCACCACCAACAAUAGUACCAGAAGCUUCCAUGAAUCCGGAUACAAUUCCCAAGAGAUCUCCAGCGAGAUUGUUUCAAAGGUGGAGAUCAUCCUCAAAAGAUAAGCCAGCAUUUUCAGAAAAAAUCCUUCCCAAGAAACAAAAUAUCACACCAGAACCAAUAGCAAUAACUAAACAAGAAGCUCCAACUAAACAAAUAGUUACAUCUGAACCAUCGUCACCUUUAAGUGUGGCAUCAAGUCAUGACCACUCGUGUACCGAGUCAAGUGCAGCUUCAAUAUUUUCUGAUUCUAAAAAUAACAGUAGUAUGCAAAUGUUACUUACAGAUGAUAUAGAGGAUAUAUUAGAGGACAUAGAUGAUGCUGAGAUAUACGAUGCUGAGAAGGUUACCGUAACAUAUAUAAGUUCUAAAUCAUGCUAA